UCUCCCUCUCUCUCCUCCCGUGUCCUUCUCUCCAGGAUGGCGGAAGCAGAGUUGCACAAGGAAAGGCUGCAAGCCAUAGCAGAGAAAAGGAAAAGGCAGACAGAAAUAGAAGGGAAGAGACAACAGCUUGAGGACCAGAUACUUCAGCUGCAGCAUUUCAAGUCAAAAGCUCUUCGAGAAAAAUGGCUGCUACAGGGAAUUCCUGCUGGCUCUGCAGAAGAGGAAGAAGCCAGAAGGAGACAGUCAGAAGAGGAUGAGCUGAAGGUGAAAAAGCUGGAGGAAAACAUACACAGGCUGGAACAAGAAAUACAGAAAUUAGAAAGUGAGGAAUCCCAAAUAUCUGCCAAAGAACAAAUCAUUUUGGAGAAGCUAAAGGAGACUGAGAAAUCCUUUGACAACUUGCAAAAGAGUUACUCACACCAGGAUGGUGAUGCAGUAAAUUACAUUUACUCCCAGAUCCCUGAACUCCCAACCCUCUAUUCACGAACGGCAGAGCCAGUUCCUGGGUGGGACGGAGCAAGCAGAGUAGCUGCUUUGUGCACCAUGGAAAUUAAUGUGGAGAAAGACAAACAGACAGGAGAGACCAAGAUUGUCUCUGCUUCACCUAUUGGCCCAGAUGAGGCCCAUCAAAGAGGAUUCAAAGUCUAUGAUGAUGGUACCAAGGUAGUCUAUGAGGUUCACUCUGGUGGCACAGUGGUAGAAAAUGGAGUACAUAAAUUAAGCUCAAAGGACGUAGAUGAACUUAUGCAAAAAGCUGGACAAUCAAGUGUAAAAGGAGGGUAUGAAACAAUGACUGUGUCAGACAGAAACACAGUAGCCGAUGGAAACCUUAGCCAUAUGAAGGAGCAAAUGCUCUUCAAAGAGGCAAAGCUGGAAAUGGUACACAAACCCAGCAAAGGGCAUGCUGUGAACCCUCAGCUCCAAGACAAACCCUGCAGUGGCGAAGCCCCGGAGGCCAGCAGAGAUCAGCCAGUAACAAUGAUAUUUAUGGGCUACCAAAACAUUGAUGAUGAAGAGGAAACGAAGAAAGUGCUGGGCUAUGAUGAAACCAUCAAGGCAGAGCUGGUCCUGAUUGAUGAAGAUGAUGAGAAAUCAUUGAGGGAGAAGACAGUGACAGAUGUCUCCACCAUGGAUGGGAACGCCGCUGAGCUGGUCUCUGGCAGGCCACUGUCAGACACAACAGAGCCCUCCUCUCCUGAGGGGAAGGAAGAGAGCCUUCCCUUGGAAGCUGCCCCAGGAACAGGUGGAUUGGAUAUGCUGCCAAGGAACCCACUAGGACCAUGCCUCUAUGAAAGUCCUGAAGCUGAAGAGGGGGCAGGGAAAUCUUCCAGAAUCCCUGAGGAUGACAUCAGGUUGAGAAAAAACAGAGACCAAAACUGUGCCAAUUUCUUGGAGCCAGCUACUGUGCUUGCUACAAAGGAAGAGAAAAUGGAAAUUGAAGUUCCAGUUUCUGAACAUAAAAGCAUCACCACAGUGGCUUCACCACAUCCCAUAGACAAUCCAACCCACUUCUUUUCCCCUGCUGCCAGCCAUAAUGGACUUAAGGACAGGCAUGAAUCUCUGGACAGUGAAGUUGCUAAAGAAAUCAGAUAUCUAGAUGAAGUACUGGAGGCAAAUUGUUGUGAUUCUGCUGCAGAUAAUACUUUUAAUGGGGUAUCCUCCCCUGAGAGUGCAGCCUCCGUUAUGGAUGGCUCAGGAGCAUCUGUUAAUGUCAAUAAUGAUUCAGUAUCCAGUGAAAGGGAAGAAAACAUAGCCAACAAGCAAGCACCUUUGGUUGUUGAACCAUGUGAAGCUAGCAAAACGGACAAGAACCCGAAAUCAAAUGGCCAUUCCUUGGGUGGACUGAAGGAGGACACUGGGGAGAGUCUGAAGGUGCCAGUAAGUCCCGCUUCUUCAAACAGUUCUAGAAGAUCCUCUAAAGAUGGAGAAACAACUCUUACAACCCUUAAGAAAGAGGCUAAGUUUGAACUACGAGCCUUCCAUGAAGACAAAAAGCCCUCAAAGCUCUUUGAAGAUGAGGAAGAGAAAGAAAAAUACAGGGUCCGCAAAGUGAGGCCGUCAGAGGAAAUGAUGGAACUUGAAAAGGAAAGAAGGGAACUCAUUAAAAGCCAGGCUGUCAAGAAAAACCCCAACAUUGCCUCCAAGUGGUGGAAUCCUCCCCAGGAGAAGACUCUGGAGGAUCAACUGGAUGAAGAGCAUCUAGAAUCCCACAAGAAGUACAAGGAGCGCAAGGAGAGACAGCAGCAGCAAGGUACAACACCAACAUCCCCUAAACAGGUCAGCUGCUCCUUUGUACCUACAGAACUAGUUAGUAUCAAGAAAGAGGAUAUUGUUACAGAGCAAAUUGACUUCUCAGCUGCCAGGAAGCAAUUCCAGCUGAUGGAGCAUUCAGGUCCAUCUCAGGGUCAGGCCCCAUCAAGGCGGUCAGGAACACCCAAAAUGUUCUCCGUCAAGCCCUUCUACAAGAGCCUCAAUUCUCCACAGGUGGACAGGCCACUGUCCUCUGUGACAAGACCUGUUUCAGUGUAUGGGCAGACAGGACAGCCUGAUGGUAAGAGUGCCACUGUUGUCAAGGCACAGAAGGUCUCCUGUACCUCAGAAGAUGAUACAAAUGCUCAGGCUACCACUGCCGAGUCAGUGAAAGAGUUACCAUGCAGUGAUAGUCCCAGAGCCGGACAAGCCUCGAAACUGUGGGCAGAGGAUGGAGAAUUCAUGAGUGCGAGGGCAGUCUUGACAGUGGUGAAGGAUGAGGGACAGAAUGUGCUAGACCAGUUCCCAAAGUCAGGCAGCACUCCUUCUCCUCCAGAGGAGCUCGACUCUGGUCUGGAUGACUUGUCUGUCAGGUCUCAGGAUACUACCAUCUUGGAGACCCUUUCUAAUGACUUCAGCAUGGAUAACAUCAGCGACAGUGGUGCCUCCAAUGAAACCAUGAAUGCCCUGCAGGAAAGCUCCCUGGCUGAUUUCUCCCUGCCUCAGACACCGCAGGCUGACACUCCAGUAGAGUGCAGGGGAGAAGGCAUCUCCAAGUCAUUCAGUGACCCAGGCUGUGACUCACCUUCCUCUGCCUUGGCAGACUCCGUGCUGAUUGAUGACCAGCUGGAGUACCAUGCUGGCCUCUUGGUUCAAGAUGCCAUCCAACAAGCCAUAGCUGAGCAGGUGAAUAAAACAAACUGCAAGGAGGAAGAAAUCUCAGUGGAGAAGGAGAUUUUGUUCAAAGAGCAGCCAGCCACCGUGAGGCCAGCUCCAGCCCCCAAGGAGCAGCAGAACCCAAUGUUUGAACCACCCCAGGUGUCUUCACCUGUUCAGGAAAAAAAGGAUACUAUACCAAAGACUUCAAAAGCAGAAGACUCAGGACUCAGGGAAGGGAAGAGUUCACAGCAAUCACCUGUGUACUCAGCCAGCCAGCCAUUCCUUGUGGAGGAAAACAGGCACGAAGUCAGCUAUUUCAGCAAGUAUUCAGAGGCAGCUGAGCUGAGGAGCACUGCCUCCAUCCUUGCCACUCAGGAGCCUGAAGUAACUGUGGGCCCUUUCAAGUUACGGUCAAGGAAGCAGCGGACUCUGUCAAUGAUAGAAGAAGAGAUCAGAGCUGCCCAGGAACGAGAAGAGGAGCUGAAGAGGCAGCGACAAGGUCUGCAGGUGGCACCAAGCCCUGUUAUGAAAAGUGCACCACCCAUGCCCACCAGAACUGUGUCUUACAAAACUGCUCCAGGAAAGAUAGAGAAGAUCAAACCCCCUCCAUCCCCUACCACAGAAGGCCCUGUUUCACAGUCUGACCCAUCAUCUGAGGAGCCUGCAGGAGCCCAGCGGCCCAAGAACUUGAUGCAGACCCUCAUGGAGGAUUAUGAAACACACAAAACUAAGAGACGAGAAAGGAUGGACGACAGCAGUUACACCUGUAAAUUACUGUCUAGCAAGGUUACUUCUGAGGUCCUUGAGGCGACCAGGGUGAACCGCAGAAAGAGUGCUCUGGCGCUUCGCUGGGAAGCCGGGAUUUAUGCCAACCGGGAGGAGGACGAGUAACCGUGCUGCAGAGUGAAGACAGUGACCAGACACACUGAAACCAAAAAAAAAAAAAAAAAAAAAAAAAAAAAAAAAAAAAAAAAAAGAAGAAGGAAAGGAAGAAGAAAACAAAGCAAACAAAACAACAUACGCAAAAGAAAACCCCACUAUGAAAGCGGCAGUGUUUUAGUCCGAUAUUUAUUAAACACACAACAAACGCAACGAUGCACAUAGACAUAGAAAUAAUCCAGCUCCUGGCAAUCCUAAAGCAAACAACAAAAUCCCAUCUACAAAAUAACCCCCUUCUCCUUCCCUCCAUCCCCUUCUUCAAAUCGUGCAAUGGGGAGGCUGUAGGGGGUGGGAGCUCCUGGGCGCGGGUCUAGAGGGUAGCUGUCCCCAUGACCGGAGAGCCUGCAGAUUCAUGGCAGGAGUGCAGCCAGGGCUCGCUGUCGUGCUUGCUGCUGGCCGAAUUGAAAGCCCUGCCUCAUCCCGGGGAUCACAGAUUCCCUCCCCAGCAACUUCCACCAGAUCUUUCUGUGGUUCCUUCACUUCCCACAGCCUCUGCACCAAGACAGUUGGCAUCACUUCAGUGUACUCCUAUCCAGCUACAAAACACAGCGAUAUUGCCCUCUGUUGCUAUUUGUUUGAGGAGACUGAAGGGUUGGGAUUGAGAUUGGGGUGGUUUGGGGUGGGGGGAGUGAAGAAUUGGGCUCUGCUCCCCUUUCUGCUAAUACAUCUGUUCAAAAAGGAAAAAAAAUAAUCAGGAAACAGGGAGGCACUAAUUGCAAAUACACAAUGCAGUAGGCUCCAUAAAACAGUCCUUGUGUUGCAAACACAAGCCACCACAAUUUAGGAGUGGAAUAGAUGGGGAUGAGAGCUAAGCCAAAUGGAUUACCUUAGCUUUAGGAUCCUGUACGCUUUUGCAAUAUCACCUGAGCUCCAGGUUCUCAGAGCAUACUUACAUUAAAAAGUUUCUAAAUAUAAAAUCUGUAUUUAGUGGAUGACAACUAUUUUUUGAUGGUGGGGAGGGAAAAGAAUGGAAUAUGUAAAAUCUCAGACAGAUAGUUUGAAAUAGAAAAGUAGUGGGAACGGGAAUACAAAUAAAGGACAUAUAAUUUUUAAAUGAGGCAAUAAUUGAACUAAGCCAGACUCUGGCCUAGAAAGAGGUAUGAAAUGAAGAAAGAUAAAUACGUCUUCAGCUAUGUUUAUACAACAUAAAAAGCCUUUGAAGUAGUGUGCUUUGUGGAAGUCUUCACGUUUCCAGGCAACAGAAAAGCUAAAGGGCAUAACGAGUUGGAAGGAGUGAGCAAGGAAGAGCAGACAAGGGAAGAAGAUAUUAUUCUUGCCGUUCAGCCAGUGUUUUCAGUGCUACAAGUAAACCAUAGGGCCUUUAGUUACUGCUUAGGCUUGGGACGGGCAGUGAAGGAUUAGUGUGGAUCUGUGAAUGUGUGUGUGUGUGUUUGCAGUCGUGUGCAUGAGGCUGGCGUACCAGAAAAGGUAUGGCAGUGUGCGUGCUGGUUAUUUUCUCCAAAGCUGUUUACCAGCUAUAGGGGUGAGUGCUACUUCCUUCCUUUUCCUUUUUUUUUUCUUUUUUUUUUUUUCUUCCCUUUUUUUUUUUUUUUUUUCCUGAAAGGGGAUAUAAAAACAAGGCACUGAGUUAAUGCAGUAUUUGUGAUAUUAAAAUUUUACCCAACAUGGUAUUUGCAUGAGUCACAAUUGCAAAGUAUUGACCAGUUUUGUAAGCUGACAAUUAGGAAAAGAAAUGUGGUAUUUAUUCUUGUGCUUUGUAUUUGUAUGUAGUCUAGAGGCUGCGGGUUUACUCUUUCUUUUCACACGAGCAAUACAAUAGGAAUAUUUUACAACUGGGAACCAUAAUUUCUGGACUAGAAACCAACAAGUUUGAGAAGUGACAGGGAAAAAAAAAAACACAAACAAACAACAAAGACACUGAGCUUUUUUUUUCUAUAUGAAAUAUUCUGUCUUUUUUUAAUAAACAAAUUAUUAUUACCUUGACAUCUUCUAAAAGAAUAAUCAGCCAGGAUACUGGUCAUCCCUUAAGCCUUUCUGUGUUUUCAUGGCAUGCUGUGCUGUUUUGUCCUGAAACAGCUUAUUUAGAAUGAGUACCGAUACUGUGAAGAAAAUUCUGGUGCUUUUCUUAAACAGAGCUUGCAACCAAAUUAUUAGCCCCCUACCCCACAUUCAGUUCCUCCAGCACGUGAUUUCUCUCUAUGGAUGCUAGGCUGUCAUUUGAGGCUUGUUUUCAGGGAUCGUAGCAAAUAACUGUGUGCACCCGUUAACUCAGUUCUGUCAGUGCUCUCCCCAAAUGCUCUUCAACAGAAGAAAACCCGGCUGAACUGAGUGUUCACUGUGAUACGGGCAGCCAGCUUAUCUCAAAGAUGCUCUCUCUCUAAACCCAGGUGCAUGGGGAGGCACCACGCUUAUGAAGGAUUUACAUGCCUAAUGAAGUGGACCUGCUGUUCAGACAUGGCAGUCAGCAGGUGGGUCGCUACCAAAAGCAAUGCCACCAAUGCAGCACUCCAGUGACACCAUAUGUCAUGCAGCUGCUUCUGUGAGCUUUGCACAUCUGUACCAAGAGGAGUCCUGGAUAUCUCCACCCUUGGGGAGAGAUAAGUGGGACGGGGGGAAAAGUGGUAUCCUGAGCAAAGGAGACAGCCCCUGUGCUUGCAGGGAGGUGUUCUUGCACCAAACAACGCUCUUCAGAGUUUCCCCUAGUAUUUGCUCCCUGAACCUGCAAGCCUGUAUUUUCCUCUUGCUGUCACUGGAAGCCAGUGACAUUUUUCAUCUAUCAUAAAACAUCUCAGUGCUUCGCCACAUCCUCCCCUACUGCCACAAUUGGCCCUCAGUCUUUGAAGUGAAGAUGAAUUUGUUCCCCCAGAAAGGAGAUGUGGUGGUGGGAGAGGCUAGAUGAAGUCCUCCAUGCUAAAAGCAUUUGCUUCCAGCUCCUGCAGCAAGAGAAUUUUCAUGCAUCAGUCCAGGAUAGCCAAACUCCACCCAGCAGAGUUUUUCUCUUCCAGAAAUUAUGGGCACUCGUUGUCAGCAGCACACCACCGACGCUGUGGCAUCACGAGUGCAAUGCAGUUUACUUGCCUCCGUUAUUUCAUUUGCAUGUUACCAAGCUUAGGUGUUUAUAAAAGUAUAUGCCAGUAAUACAUAUCUAUCUAUAUAUAACUAUAUCAGAUGCAACAAAAGAGCACUAUUGUAGAGUUAACUUUGUCUCCACAGAAGAAAUGCUCAGAUCCUUUCCCGUGGCAAAGACUGGUUUUAAUGAAACUGUGUAUUGAGAAAUAGUUAAGCAUUAGCAUUUGUGAUUAUAAGCAGUUUGGGGUUACAGUGCAGGUUUUCUGAACAAUUAAUUUUAAAAAGCUGCCAGUUUGGGCUUCAUCUUGCUCCGUAUUGAACAUUAUCUGAAGGCAAAUACAGUAGCAUUGACAUGUUUGGCAACGAAAAGGCGGCAUCCUUGUCAUGACUUAUCAAUCAGUUUCAACAAUAUCUGGCUUUCUGUAUGUUAACUACUUAAAUGUUAUCCUGCUUCUGUUUUAUAGUGACUGUGAGGCCUACAAUGCAAGUAUAUAAUUAUUUUCUCAUUAAAACAGAAACCUG